CGAGGCCAGACUGUAUGCAACGUGUGCUUAGAUAUUGGGUGUAGAUAGUGUAAUCCUAGUUAUAUGCUGUUGUAGUUAUUACUUCAUUUAGUAAUAGUAGUUUAACAUUACUAAUAUGUGUAACUUCAAGUAUAGGUCAACUUUUGCAGUUUUAUUUAUGAUUGUGCAAUUAAAUUGUAUAUUAAAAACUGACGCUCAGGAGGAUAAUGAUUUAAAAAUUGAAGUUUUACAAAAAUCUGACAAAUGUGAUAGAUCUGCUCAAAAAGGCGAUCUUUUAUCAAUGCAUUACAAAGGUACCCUAGAAGAUGGAAAAGAGUUUGAUUCAAGUUACAAUCGAAAUGAACCUUUCCAGUUUCAACUUGGAAUUGGUCAAGUCAUUAAAGGUUGGGACAAAGGCUUGAUAAACAUGUGUGUUGGUGAAAAACGUAGACUGACCAUCCCUCCUCAUCUAGGUUAUGGAGAUACAGGAGCAGGUGAGAGUAUUCCACCUAAAGCCACUCUUAUUUUUGAAGUGGAACUUAAGAAAAUAGAGGAUGGACCACCACCUGUCAAUGUGUUCAAAGAAAUAGAUGCUAAUUCAGAUAAUCAGCUGUCUCGUGAAGAAGUGAGUGAAUACUUAAAAAAACAGUUACCAGAAGCUGAAGCAGCUGGAAUGAAAGAUCUUCCUGACCAGGACAAAAUUGUUGAAGAAAUCUUUCAACAUGAAGAUCAGGAUAAAAAUGGUUUAAUAUCGCACAAAGAGUUUAGUGGUCCAAAACAUGAUGAACUGUAAAAGCUAUAUUCAUCUUGAGAUCUUAAUAUCUAGUUUUCCAAAUCUUUUUUUCUGAAACUAAUACUCCUCAUCAUAAAUUGUUCUAAAUUUAAGUUUUGUAAUAACACUGAUGUUUUUUCAUUCUUUUUUUUUUCUCUUUUAGAAAUGUUAUAUUUUUUUAUAUGAUAUAUCUAAUGAAUAUUCCAGCUGCCCCAUUUAAACUAUAAUGUUGUUACUUACUCCAUUUAAUCAGUUAGGUUAGAUUAAAGUCCUCUUCUGAAUCAUUAUGAAAAUAAAAUAAAAGCAUUCUUUUUGCUUACCAUUUUAACUACAUCAGAUGAGAAUGGUAUUUUUUAUAGCCUGCACUAUCAAGUAGGCUUGAAGAGACUGAGUCUAAGUUUAACAAUAUUAAUCUAAUCUGGGAAGAGUACUCUUCAAGCUCAUGUUACUAGUCUUAAUGGGAGUGAAGUUGUCUUGUUUACAUUGUUGCCUGAACUGAAGUCUUAUGGUUCACAUCAUUAAUUAAAUCAGAGAAAAUUCUCUUUUAACUUAACUUAACUUGGUUAUUAAGAAGGGUAUACUUCUGGUUGACAUUAUUAACUAGGCAUGAAGUUGUUUUGUAGACAUUGUUUCCUUAACUGAAGACUUAUGGUUCACAUCAUUAAUUGAAUCAGGGAAAAUUCUUAUUUAAAUUACCAUAACUUGGUUAUUAAGAAGGGUAUAUUUCUGGUUGACAUUAUUAGCUAGGCUAAAAAAAAAA